UUUUAGGGUCUUCACUGUACUUUGCACACAAACUCAGUUUUACUCGUCAUUCUUCUAGUUUGGUUAUUCAGAGUUAUUGAGCCAUUAUUGAUCCUGUUGUCCUCCACUUCAUGCCUGCAUUUAUUUUUGCCAAGACAAACAAAUCCUGGAGGUUAAAUUCUAUUGCAAAAUAUUUAUACAGUCACAUUAAUGGUUCAUCUGAGCAUGAGACAUUUCGCCUAAAGCUUCAGUCACACAGAGAUAAACUAACUGCAGACAUGAGACGGACCUACGGUGUUAUAUGGUUUUUGUGUUUGUCAGUGACUGAGUGCUGGCAGCCGCCCGUCUCUGAGUCUGUAAUACAUGGGGAGGUCCAGUCCCCUCAGUAUCCCCGGCCUUACCCUCCCAACCUGCUGAGGCAAUGGGACCUCUGGGUUCCAGCAGGAUACCAGAUCCAGCUGUCAAUAACACACCUGGAUAUUAAAGCUUCUUCAGGCUGUCCGCAAGACUCUCUGACGGUUUUCCAUAAUGAAAAGGUCUUGGGAAAGUUUUGUGGCCAGGAAAAUUCAGCUGAUCACCCAGGUAAAGUGCCAAUCCUUUCUCCAGGCAACACACUGACUCUCAUAUUCAAAACAAGUGCCUCCACUCCAGAGCUCCAACAGCACAUCGGCUUCUCAGCUACCUACAAGGCAAUAGACAUAGAUGAAUGUUCACAAUCAGACCCUGGAGAUGGAUCAGGUCCACUCUGCUCUCAGAUCUGCAUCAACAGCCCUGGGUCUUACCACUGCUCCUGCUAUGAUGGUUACAAACUUAAUUUAGACCAGCAUACAUGUCUGUUAUCCUGUGAUGGUUGUAUAUUUGAUAAGCAUGAGGGACACCUGGCCAGUCCAGCAUACCCUCACCCCUCACCUCCUCUUCUGUCCUGCAAGUACAUCAUCUCUGUGGAGCCCAGCUUCACAAUCACUCUCAACUUCACUGACAACUUCCACAUAGAUAGCGUGGACACUGAGCAAGGUCCCAGGUGUCUUCAUCACUGGCUGCAGGUGACCACUCGAGGCAGAGAGCCCAUGAAACUGUGUGGUGGAAAGAGUCCAGGUCUGAUAGCUACAAACUCUAACACUGUCAGACUGGACUACCACACUGAUGCUGAAGGCCUGAGUCAUGGCUGGAGCCUGGACUACAGCACACAUGUAAUUCAUUGUGGAGAACCUGAACCUCUGCUGAAUGGAGGGGUGACCUACCUGUCUGGCUAUCAGAAUCAGUACCAUUCUGUUGUUCAGUAUCACUGCAAUGAACCAUUUUACACUCUACCUGGGGGCAGAAAUGUUACUUUCACCUGUGAAUCAGAUGGAAAGUGGAGGUCAAACCACAAAGAUGUCACUCUAACAUGUAUACCUGUCUGCGGUCAGCCAACAAAACUCAUCUCUACUUAUCAGAGGAUCAUUGGAGGCAGUGAAGCUCCAGAAAACACCAUCCCCUGGCAAGUGAUGUUGAGUGUAGAUGGAGGAAGAGCAGCAGGCAUGGUGAUUGCAGACCGCUGGAUUAUGACUGCAGCUCAUUCCCUAACACGUGGCGGAAAUCCAGUAUCAAAUGAGUAUGUCAGGAUUUACAUGGGACUUACUGAUGUUAAAGCCCUGUUGCGCUCUCCUGUGUAUGCUGAUUCAAUCCACAUUCACCCUGAAUACUACAACCCCAACGGCUUAGACUACAACAAUGACAUUGCCUUGAUCAAAAUGCCCCACCCAAUCACAUUCAACUCAUCCAUUAUGCCAAUAUGUUUGCCAGCAGAGGGUGCCACAUACAUGACUGGAGAGAUGGGACUGGUGUCAGGCUUUGGCAUUAAAGGAACUAAUAACCAACGGUUUUUAUCAAGGAAGCUGAGAUUCGUGCAACUGCCUGUGGUGGGUCAAGAGACAUGCAGCAAAUCAAUCGCUUUGUUGAAGUGGACAAGGGACCAUGUACCAAAUGUGACCAGUAACAUGCUCUGUGCUGGAGUCCCCGAGGGUGGGCAGGAUGCCUGCGUGGGGGACGGUGGAGGCCCCUUCGCCCUGAGAGAAAAUGGAUGGUUCUGGGCCGCUGGGAUUGUCAGCUGGGGGGUUGACUGUGGGAAGCAGGGAACAUAUGGAUUCUACACCAGAGUAGCAAACUACCUAGGCUGGAUCAACAAGACCAUACAGGAGAAAUGAAUCAGACAUAUUUCAUCACCACAUUAAUAAAAAUUGUUGUGCUGAACAAAACGAGACAAAUACUGCCAAAUAAAAACAAAUGAGGAAGAAUAA